CUGGCGGAGGCGGACCAACCGUCGAGGACACCGAUCGGAGCUUUCCACUCAGGUCACCGGCUGAAUGUGCUCAGAGCCUGCCGUGAAGCCGGUAGAAAUCGUCUCAGUCACCUCGUCCAACAUCUCUGUCCACCGCCUCCUCCGCGCCUCAGCCGUCUCAGUCAUCUCCCCCAACAUUUUGCGGCGUACGAGCUCCCGUUAGCAUCUCCAUGGCCGGUUUCGUCUUCAAUAGCCUCAUUGUCCGUCUCGAUUCCGGUGAGAAUAUGGCGGUCGAGAGAGACGGCUGACGACAGAGUCAACAAGCGAGGCGACGUGGUUGUCUUCUCCGCUUAG